CGACUAUAUAACAGUUACACCGAUAAUGCGUCCAGUGUAACACUUGAGCAAGAUGCGGUUGCUCCUCGUACUCCUGGUAGCUGGCUCAGCUUUCGGUUUCUCCAACGCGGAAGACCUUCCCUCGCUCGAAGGAGCUAAGGUCUACCGACUGAUACCAGACUCGGAUGAGAAACUAUCAGCAGUCCUCGCUCACAAUGGUAAGGAAGGAUAUGACUUUUUGAGACGUGGUCACAUUCUUGGGGACGAGAUCAGAGUGCUGGUGACCGCCGACUUCACCGAAGGCUUCGAGUCCGAAUUGACGGAAUAUGAAAUCGACUACGUGAUCGUAACUGAAAACGCCCAGGCAGUUAUCGACGAAGAGAAGACAACACGUCAGAACGCAGCCGCGUCCAUCACUCGUCUGAACGGCCGGAUUUCGUUCGAAGCUUAUCCGCGUUACGACGCCAUCGUCGAGUACUUGGAAGGGCUUGCAACCAACUACAGCGGCAUUGCCAGUCUGGUGAAUAUCGGUACCUCUUACGAAGGCCGCUCCAUUUACGGUUUGAAAAUAUCCUCCGGCGGUACAGGCAAGCCCGCAAUUCUAAUCGAUUCCGCCCUACACGCCCGCGAAUGGAUCACCCCUCCGACGGCUCUUUACAUUAUCAACCAAUUGGUAGAAAAUAGCGACAACGCCGAUCUCUACGCCAACGUCGACUGGUACAUAUUCCCGGUCCUGAACCCUGACGGUUACGAAUUCACCCACACCAGCUACCGUCUGUGGAGAAAGACCCGCAGCAUAAAUGACGGAAGUAGCUGCGUCGGUGUCGACCCUAACCGUAACUUCGGAUACUACUGGAUGCUGAACGGCGCUUCCGACCUUCCGUGCAGCGAAGUCUUCGCCGGGCCCGAACCCUUCUCAGAGGUGGAAACACAGGCUCUGCGAGACUUUGUCCUGGCCAACAACGAGACCCUCAAAUUAUACCUGGCCGUGCAUUCGUACGGAAAUUAUUUCCUCUACCCGUGGGGAUACACCUCGGAAUUGCCCGACAACGAGGAGGAGUUGAGAACUCUGGCCGAAGCUGCGGACGACGCACUUUCCACUUUGCGCGGAACGCGAUAUACCAUCGGAACCUCGACCAACGUUCUAUACGAAGCAGCCGGUGGAAGCGAUGACUGGGUGAAGGGUGUCGGUGGCGUCGAACUGUCCUACACUUUGGAAUUGCCGGGUGGCGGAAUUUGGGGUUUUGACCCUCCCGUAUCUGAAAUUCUUCCCGUAGGCCAGGAAACUUUCUUGGCCAUUCGUGUUUUCGGCGAAUACAUCGAAAGCAAAUUUGGUUCCUCGAAGUGUCAUUGCAUUGCAACUGUAAUAUGUCUCUUCUAUGGUGCAACACUCUCGUCAAAAGAUACACACAGGAUUUUACCACAACAUAAUGAAUCCGAAGCAUUUAAAAUCAAAGAGAAUCCGCAUCCAGAGUCAGACACCAGCAAGAUGCAAUUGCUGUUUCUACUCCUCGCUGUUGGCGCGGCCGUGGCCGUCCCUGUGGAAGAACAGGUUCCCUCGCUGGAAGGAGCCAAAGUCUACCGUUUGAUCGCAGAUACGGACGAAAAACUAUCAGCACUCCUUGCUUACGAUGGUCACGAAGGAUAUGACAUCCUGAAGGCUGGUCACGCUCUUGGAGACGAGAUCCAUUUAUUGGUAACCGCCGACAACGUCGAGGCCUUCGAAACCAUCUUAGAUGAGAAUGAAAUCGACAACAUGGUUAUGACUGAAAACGUUCAGGCCGCCGUCGACGAAGAAGCGACUCGUCAAAGCACUGCAUCCACUGCUCGUUUAGACGGCCGUAUUUCGUUCGAGGCUUACCAACGUUAUGGCGACAUAGCUGACUAUUUGGCAGAGAUCGCGGAGAGCUACAGUGAUGUGGCCAGUCUUGUUGAAAUCGGUACCUCUUUCGAAGGACUGAGCAUCUACGGUUUGAAAAUAUCAUCGGGUGGUACCGGCAAGCCUGCAAUUUUGAUCGACGGUGGUAUUCAUGCGCGUGAAUGGGCUGCACCUGCUACGGUAACUUACAUCAUCAACCAGCUGAUCGAAGAAGCCACUAACUCUGAUCUAUUCGAAAACGUCGACUGGUACAUAUUCCCAGUCCUGAACCCCGACGGUUACGAAUACACUCACACCACCUACCGUCUGUGGAGAAAAACGCGCAGCAGCAUAACCGGAAACCUUUGCCGCGGUACCGACCCCAACCGUAAUUUCGGAUACUACUGGAUGUUGACCGGUGCUUCCUCCGCUUCGUGCAGCGAUACUUACGCUGGACCCGAAGCAUUCUCCGAAUUGGAAACUCAAGCUCUACGUGACUUUGUCCUGGCCAACAACGACACUAUCAAGUUAUACCUGACCUUCCAUUCUUACGGAAACUAUUUCCUCUACCCGUGGGGAUACACCUCGGAACUGCCGGAUAACGAGGAGGAGUUGAGGACUCUCGCUGAGGCCGCUGAUGAGGCUCUCUCCACCCUCCGUGGAACCCGCUACACCAUUGGAACUUCCACCAACGUAUUAUAUGCUGCUGCCGGCGGAAGUGACGACUGGGUGAAGGGCGUUGCCGGUGUCGAACUGGCCUACACCCUGGAAUUGCCGGGUGGUGGAAAUUUUGGAUUUGAUCUUCCAGCAUCUGAGAUCGUCCUCGUUGGUCAAGAGACCUUCUUAGCUAUUCGUGUCUUCGGUGAAUACAUCGAGAACAAAUUCGUUAGCUCCAAGUAAUAACACAACGCACUAAUACGAUUCUUCGUGGUCAAACUGCCUUCUCUAUCAAAAGACGUUGAAGAUAUCAACAUACAGUCAACCUCCAGACUGAAUGUUCUUCAUAAAAUGACAAUGGCCCCGUAAAAGAUAAACGAUCAAUCUUAUCUCGUAUACGAGCGCGUGCCGAAGAAGAAUAAAUUGUUAGCUUCUGGCGCUACAGAAUGUCUUAUGCGAUGAAAUAAAAACAUUCCUGCUCUAAAA